CUUCUCUUUUCUGGGGCUCGUCUCUCUCAGGCCUCCUCCACUCCUGCCUGCUGCUGCCUUUUAUGCGGAUUUCAUGGCGAGCGGUAGCGGGGCAGCGCUGCUUCACCUCCUCUCACCACACUGACCCGCAGCUAACCUCUACACGGCGCUCAUUCGUUGCUGUUGGAAGGUGACAAAGGUGUUAAUUGAUUUGCACCUCUGGUCUGGAGAAGAUUUGAGUGAUUUCUCUCCUAGUGUGGACAGGAACGGACUUUGUUCUGUGCUCUUUUUCAUUCUCCUGUUGUGGCCUUAGCUGGUCUUUAAGAAGAUCUGCCACUCGAUGGCUCUUAUGGACAAACACAAAGUGAAGCGACAGAGACUGGACCGCAUCUGUGAAGGCAUUCGCCCUCCCAUCCUAAAUGGGCCCAUGCACCCUCGUCCACUGGUGGCCCUGCUGGACGGCCGGGACUGCACAGUGGAGAUGCCCAUCCUGAAGGACGUGGCCACUGUUGCGUUCUGUGAUGCACAGUCCACCCAGGAGAUCCACGAGAAGGUUCUUAACGAGGCUGUGGCUGCACUGCUGUACCACACCAUCACACUCUCACGAGAUGACCUUGACAAGUUUAAAGGCCUUCGGGUCAUCGUGCGGAUUGGCAGCGGAUUCGACAACGUGGAUGUCAAAGCUGCAGCAGAGCUUGGGAUAGCAGUGUGUAAUGUCCCGGCUGCAUCUGUAGAGGAGACGGCAGACACUUCCAUGUGUCUGAUCUUGAACCUGUACCGCCGAGUUACCUGGAUGCACCAGGCAUUGCGGGAGGGAACUCGAGCCUCCAGUGUGGAGCAGAUCAGGGAGGUGGCUGGUGGAGCUGCCCGUAUUCGAGGAGAGACGUUGGGCAUCAUUGGCCUUGGGCGUGUGGGCCAGGCAGUGGCUUUAAGAGCAAAAGCAUUCGGUUUUGGAGUAAUCUUUUACGACCCGUACCUGCCGGAGGGAGUGGAGAGGUCCCUGGGCCUCCAGCGUAUGGCCACCUUACAGGACCUUCUAAUCCACUCAGACUGUGUUUCCCUUCACUGCAGUCUGAACGAACACAACCAUCACCUCAUCAACGACUUCACUAUCAAACAGAUGCGUCAGGGUGCGUUCCUGGUGAACACUGCACGAGGAGGGCUGGUGGAUGAGAAAGCUCUGGCUCAGGCACUGAAGGAGGGAAGAAUACGGGGAGCAGCUUUGGACGUGCACGAGACAGAGCCCUUUAGUUUCUCUCAGGGCCCUCUGAAGGAUGCCCCUAAUCUGAUCUGCACCCCCCACACAUCCUGGUACAGCGAACAGGCCUCCAUUGAGGCGAGGGAGGAGGCAGCGCGGGAAGUACGCAGAGCUAUCACAGGCCGUAUUCCAGACAGUCUGAAGAACUGUGUGAAUAAGGAAUAUCUGAUGGCAGCUUCUCAGUGGUCAUCUAUGGAAGCUGCCACUGUGCAUUCUGAACUUAAUGGAGCCACAGCCUACAGGUUUCCUGCCGGUCUGAUUGGUGUGGCCCCUGGUGGUCUGCCCGGUGCAGGGGCAGGAGUUGAGGGCAUGGUGGCAGGGACCCUGCCACUGGCCCACGCCAUCGCCCCAGUCUCACACCCGCCACACACCCCCUCACCUGGGCAGCCAUCCAAGGCAGAGGCUGACAGAGACGUCCCUUCUGACCAAUAGCAUCCCAACACAUUCCGUCGUUGCCCCAGCGAUGCCCUUUCUCCUUUUGUAGGGCUGAGACCAUGACGGUGCCCUGCUUUUGAUGUGACCCCCUCUCCCUGCCCCCCCCUCUCCGGGUUAACCCAGUCCAACAGAACACAAGUAUAAGCCCAGAAAGUGGCCCACUCAAAAACAUUGUUUCCUGGCAGCAACUUCUCCUUUUUCUUGUGGUAUCCUGUUUUCCCCACUUGUGCAGUAAGCAAUAACUCUUCUCAAGGAUUCAGUAAUUGGUUCUUUUCGUUAGCGUUUGAAUCGCCCCCUCUCUUUUGUUUUUAUUGCUUCUUUUUUGAAUAUACUCUGGACUAGUUGGAGUUUGAGUAGUGUCUCUUCUACCUGACUUUUUUCUGUUCAGCCGUUUUAACAGUAGUGAAGAACGCAUGAUUAUUAUUAUUAUUAUUAUUAUUAUUUUCCCCCUUCUCCCAAACUCCAGCAUACAUUUGUGAUCUUUCUCUUUUUUUUUUUUUUUGUUAGCAUAGGUUUUUUUUCUGCAAUAUUUCUUGGGACAACCAACAUCAUUGAUUCCCUCUUUGACAACUUUACAAAAAUUAAAUCAUGUCUACAAACUGCCUGUGGCUAAGGGUAACUCUGUCCACUUGGUGAGCUCAGACACUUGAGUUCCACUCCUCUCUUCAUGCUAAGGACGUCCUGUAGAACUCAGCCCCUUUACAUCGUCUCUUUUUGAAGGACGCACGCAUAUUACGAGGGAGUGCUUCCUCCUUCCUUUCAGUCUUUUUUUUUUUUUUUCAUUAAUAUACUUCUGUAUUCGUAACAUAUUGGUGGACGACGCACAAGUCUGUGUAAGAGUGUCAUAAACGUGACCGUUUUUUGUGUCCAGCUAUUUAAUUGACUUCCAUAUAACCAAUGAGUUCAACUUUCCUAGUCAGGUUUGAGUGUGAAACUUGGCUUUGAUGCUCUUGUACUCAGUGGACAGUUGUUGUUUGGGGUUCAUGUUUAUUCAGCACAAGGUUGUUUUUGACACCUUUCGGACAGAACUAUAUUUUCUACUACACUGUUGCAGCAGUCCAUUGGGAGUGUAUGAAAUCUCCUCUUUUUUUUUUUUUUUUUUUGUAUGAAACUGGUCAUGUUUAUGAUUCUCUUAAAUAGACCUGAGUGAUGGAAGAUGCACCAUAACCUGUUUGUGUCACUGAUUACACUUAAGUUGACUAUAUUGUUUCUUUCGAUGUUAAAUUUAUGAAGACUUGGGAAGGAAAUGGAACUACAAUUUCAGGCUUCAGGUGUCUGGAGGCUGUAUUCUCACUCAGACUUAAGAUUUACCAGUACAUUAUUACAUAUCGUUCUUUUUUUUGUGAUGUUUAAACAAUAUGGUGGAGACACAGUGGCAGCCUAAAUUCUGGGGAUUCUUUUUUUGUUUGUUUGUUUUUGUUUUUUAUUUUUCCCCCACAGUUUGGACUCCCAUAUUGCUUUAAGUCUUGAUUGCCCUCCAUGCUAAACAUUACUACUCUGACUUACUCUCUGCUCCUGCUUUGCUCCCCUACACUCUCUGAUCUGUGCCUCCCUGGGUGAUGAGGCCUUUUGUGUCCACCCUUCAUUCGUUUUUUGCAGAUUUUAUUUUAUCUUUUUCCUCAGCCACUGCUCUUUGUACGACAUUACUGUAGCAAGCCAGCUCUGCUCUCGCCCUGCUCUCACCCUUUGAGAAUGAGACUUUUUACACACAUGCUAUAGGGCUUCCCAGUAAAAGAUGAAGCAUUGCAUUGCAAAUAUAUUUUCUACAGGUAACAAUUAUGAUUGCAGUGGUAAAUUAAAAACAUUUUUUAACCAAAAUUAUUGACAUCUUUGGCAUUAUGGGAAGGGCCUCAUUCAUCAAAACACAUGCAUGUGCACGGUAUCAUCAGUUUACUUGGCAGUUUAUGCUUCAGUAUUGACAGAAGUACCUAAAAUAUAUCAUUUUCCCUGUUAGGCUGGAAUUCCCAUAUCCGGUACUUUUAUGAAAGCCACAUGUGGAAACAUUUAUCUGUGAGCUGUGUGUGACUAGAAUACACACUUGUGAUUAGUCUAAAGCUCUAGGACUUGACUUGGUCUUUGUCCCAUUUUUUAUUAUCCAUUUUAUUAGAUAUAUUUUUUGUCUGUCCCUCUGUUCAAGCUACGAUGGUCUUUUGAUUAACUUUCAUCACUGUAAUACAUAAUGCCUCCACUAGGUGGCACUAGGGCACAGUGUACCAAGUUCAGCUGUCAGCUCAGACUUUCAGCACCUGGUUAUAUUUCUCAGCCUGGCACUUUACAGUGCUUUUGAAGCAUCAUUUGGUUUGGUGUAAAGGAAAUGCAUCACCCGUUUACAGCUUUUAGCAUUGGCUCUACUCUGCUGCACCACACCACCCCAUCCAUCAACAGUCCAUUUGUCUGGUUUCCAAAGACUGGGAAUGGCACACAAUCAGUCUGUUCAGCAUUCUGAAACAGAGACAAGCUCUCGGAAAAGGCCCAUAUUCUCCAAUACCGUGCAUGAGUGUUCUUCUUUUUCUAAUUCAUUUUCGUCAGCAGUUUUGAUGUGAUUUAACUUUACUCUGAAGCCACAGCAUAAGCAGCACAGCCAACAGUAGGGCGAGAGUUGGGAUGAAGCUAGUUCACAGACAAAGCAGUUGCUUUCCAAAGCGGGGAAUGCAUCCCCAGGUUGAGUCUUUUAACUUAACUCUGAAUACUGUUCUGCAUCAAGGGAAAACCUAUCUAGUACCUCAGUAACAGAUAUUGAAUGUAUGCUCUUCUCUUUUCUUUUGUGUUGGGUUGGAUUUUUUUUUCUUUGUUGGGCUUGUACAGCAUGUUUCUUUUUUAGAUGGUAGUUUCCAGUUUUUGAGAAGAGUAUGUGUGUGUGGAUGUGUGUGUAUGCCUGUGUGUGUGUCUGCAGCUCUCCAACAAUGUAUGGUAAUUUCCUUUUUAGUAUAGACAUUUGCUGAGUUGAUUAGAUGUAGUUUGGAAACUCAGGCUUUAAUUUUAAAGCUUUCCUUGUCUUUUGGUUUUGUAAUUAAUGAGCACAAAUUGACAGCCUUCAUUUGCUGUGUGCGCGUGCGUGCGUGCGUGUGUGUGUGUGUCAGUGAGUUUUAUGAUUAAUUGUGGGGACUGUGGUCUGAUAAGCUAGGUGAAUAGUGCAUUUGGGAAUAAACGCUAAUAAUAGAAUGACUUAAAACCAUACAUACUCUUAAGAGUUGUUUCAGGCACAGAUUUAGCCUAAUUAUGGACUGAAUUACUUUGAUAGUUGUGCGUUUCUUCUUGCUUUGUUUAUUUCCUUUUUGUCAAGAAACUUAAUGUAGGUCAGGCCUAAACUAGGUUUUGUCCAAGUAAGAAGUCGUCCCCUGAGGUUUCGAAGACCUUGUAUUUCCCAUAUAAUGACAGUUGUUUUUAAAUCCAUGAUUCGUUUCUUUUUUCCUCUCAUGAAUAAAAGAUGAGAAAAUAAUUUUGUUGUGGAAAACUAAACUGCAUGUUGUUCAUACAAGCUAGAAAUGUGGCACGGUAUAGGAAUCCUGUUCGGAUGACCUGGUGUUGUGUUCUUAAUACCCUGGUUCCUGGUUUUCAAUAAUGUGUAGCUCUCCUGGAGUGAAAUGACACGCUUUUCCAACUACAUCCCAGGCUUAUGCCUUUUGGGAUGUAUAUAUUUUGAAACGCUCACUUUUAUUUCCCUUUCUUUCACUUUUUUUUUGGUUUCUGAGCAUUUUUUAUUUUUAUUUUUUGCCAUCAUAGUUCUUAUCUGUUGGCAUCAGGCAUACUAUUUCUGUAAACAACUUUUUUUUUUUUCCCCUCCACUUUGUAUUCAGUGUUCUACAUGUUGUAUCUAAACAUUUCAAAAAGAGACGGCCUUUGUAUCUCCUUUGCUUUUUGCCUCACAGGCUCCGACAUCCUUCCCAGCAAUUACUUUAAGGUCAAUUUAUGCUUUUGCAUGGAAUCUUCGCAUAGCAAUGUACCUGCCGUAGUGCCCAGAAGUGUAACUACAUUGCCACUUUCUAGUGUAGUAUUUCCACCUUUGCUGGCACUUAAGUACUUUUGCUCUGUUGGUUCAAACAUCGCCCAACAUAAUCUCUUUUUAAUAGCAGGAAUUUCAGUAAAAGUAACAUCAGCUAUUCGCUCCAGUUUCAACCACCAUCAUUUGUAGAACACCAACAAACAAGUAAAAAAAACUGUGGCAUACAAAAUCUUUCGCCAGUGUUUUGGCUGUGAACUUGCACAGUACAGCAUAUUGAUUUUAUGCUAAAGCCUAUAUUGGGCAUCUAUUGGGUGUUGCUGCUGUAGUCUUCUCUCAUCCUGCUCCAGCAUAGUCAUCAUGUAGCCUCUCAUUACAAUAAUGUACAAUGUAGAUCUGUUGUAAAGAGUUGUGGUGUUGGAGUUCCCUUGCCCUAGAAUCCAUUUUUGUCAGCUCUGUAGAACGAGAGAAUCGUUAAAGAACCAGCUGUUGGAAGCUUUGUUUUUGCAGCCUUCCUUUAAUAAAAAAAGAAGUUUGCUGUGGAGAGUCGUGGUUGAAGGAAAAUUCCACCAAAUUUGGUCAGAAUAGUGUAUGUACAUCUGUAUAAUUCUGUGUUGGGAAUGAGAUUAGGUUUGAAAUAAUUUUCUUUUCAGUGGUGGUGAUUGAUUUGGAUCUGAGUAUAGCCAUUUUAUUUACUCUCAUUUCCCAAACUUAAUGCAUAUGUAUAAGUUGCGAGAUGUGUGUAAGUGGUAAAAUAGUGACAAAUUUUAUUUGAGGACUUUUUUCUUUUUUUUUUAAACCAUCCAUCAUCAAGGACCUAUACCCCAUAAAUAAGUUUUUUUUUCUUCUUCUUCUUUUCAAAAGUACCAGGAAUCAUUGUCCCAGAGUUCACACAGCAUAUAUUCAUCACCAUUCUGUGUAAUAUAUAUAUAUUUUUUUUGUGAUGUUGCUUUUUUAAGACAAACAUCUGGACGUAAUUUGGAUGUCUGGUUUGAUUCACCACCACUGUGAACAAACCUUAUUGGUCAGGUUUCUUUAGAAUUUAGGAGCGUUUCACACCAAUCCACUGUGAACAGUAUAAUUAUGUGGAGUCAGCUGGAGUUCUGCUUUAAGUUGAGUUGUAGUUUGUGUGUGUGUAGGAGUGUUUGAGUCGAGCAGGGAAACGCUGCAGUGUGCUUGUAAGGAGUGCUCCCAGACCAGGCUUGGGAACCAAUGUCAAAGACUAUGGUGGACUUGGUGACAACCCCUCCCCCCGUCACUACCUAAUGACCGCAAUAUACACACACCAGAGAGAGGAAGUUUUCUUUAGCAGUUCUCUUCUGAAAGGUCACAGAUGGCUUUCACUUUGAGAUGUUUGAGGGGUGCUCUCAAAGACCCUUUCAGGACUCUUUCUCUGGCCAUGGCUCAAACCCAGAGAGGGCGUAGCGGAGAGGAGAAGCCAUGGGCUGGGAGCCGUCACUUUCUCUCUCAGGGUCUUUCUCAAACACACAUACACACCCAUACAUGCACCCAAGCAUUUCUCCAGCAGGCUGCGGGUCUCUCUCCACUGAAACGUCAGCACGAAGUCCAUCUCCAAUCCAUUUUCAGUUCAGAUCAGUCCCUUCUGUCCACAGAGAGUCCCCCCCUCCAUGCUUCUAUCACAACUGUGGUUUCUUCUAUUUUUCUAUUUUCUUGUUUUUUUCUUUUUUUUAGGCCCGAUUUUGUCGCACUGACAACUAACAAUGAAAUGAAUGAAUGUGUGAGCUGUGUGUGAUGUUGAAAUGAGGAAAUGUAUUUUUACAACAUGUGAACUUUUUAUUCCUUUCCUUCACCACCUUUCCUUUCGUUGUGAAAUCAUAUUUUUUUUCUUCUUCCCCCCCCUUUCCAUCACCAGACUGCAAAAAGUACAAAAAAGGAAAAAAAAAAUCUCCUGUAACUAGGCUCUUAAGCUUUACUUUUGUUUUUGUUUACUUUUUUAUUAGAAAACAAUCAUGUUUGUGAUGGUAACCUCUGAUGGUAAAUUCCACAAGGUAUUUUAAUAAAAUCCUAAAGAUUAA